AUGGCCAUUCCUACUCGAGCUCUCAAGAACGCCCCCAAGGCCGGCACUGUGAUCCCCGUCAUUGGUCUUGGUGUGUACUCUUCCAACAGCACCACCAAAUCCGUCACCGAGGCCCUCAACCUCGGCUACAGACUCUUCGAUACCGCCAACGAGUACCAGAACGAGACUGACACCGCCAAGGGCAUCUCCGAAUGGCUGAAGUCCAACCCUAACGUAAAGCGUGAGGACGUUUGGUACUGCACCAAGAUCGAUGAUGCCCGAGGAGGUUACGAGGGCACCAAGAGCCGUGUUGAGGAGGCUCUGACCAAGGCCAAGGUCGGAGGUCUGGACUACAUCGACAUGCUCAUCAUCCAUGCUCCCUACACUGCCCCUCCUCACACCGAGACCCGAAUGAAGGUGUGGAAGGCUCUGUCUGAGUUUGUGGAUGACGGCAAGAUCCGAACUCUGGCCGUCUCCAACUACGGAGUCAAGCAUCUCAAGGAGUUCUGGGACGCCGACACCAAGUACAAGCCUGUUCUCAACCAGAUUGAGUCUUCUCCCUGGAAUGUGCAUCAGGACAUCCACGACUACUGUAACGAACAUGACAUUGUUGUUGAGCAGUACUCUCCUCUGAUUCGAGGCAAGAAGUUCGAUGAGCCCGGUGUGCAGAGCCUCGCCAAGAAGUACAACAAGACCCCAGCCCAGAUCCUUAUCCGAUGGGGUAUUGACAAGGGCAUGCUUCCCAUUCCCAAAUCCGAUCAGCCCCAGCGACAGAAGUCCAACGCCGAUGUGUUUGACUUCAAGCUGACUCCCGAUGAGGUUACCGCCCUCCAGGAUCUCGACUCCUACCUCUACCUGGAGUGGGACCCCACCGUUGCUCCUUAA